CUGUAAAACUUUAGAGAGCUCAACAGUAACUAGGGAACAUUUAUCAUCUCGAAAGUGAAACUGUAAGUGUGCAUUUAAAUCUGACUUUAGACUUUAGACUAGGGAACAUUUAUCAUCUCGAAAGUGAAACUGUAAGUGUGACUUUAGACCGAGGGUGGAUGCACAACAGAAGGACUGGUUUAUGGCAUGAUUCAAACGGAGAAGAGAUAUGGCGCGGGUCCCGGAGCUGAUCUUGGAAACCUUCGAGGAGCUUGUUGAUAAAGAGCUGAGGACUUUCCAGUGGUAUCUUUACAGUAAUGUUCUUGAAGAAUUCCCUCAUAUUCCAAAGUCUAAGCUUGAUGGAGUGGACAGGCCGGGCACUGUGGAUCUUCUGGUACAGACAUACGGCUACGACGAUGCUGUUACUGUCACAGUGGACAUACUGACGAGGAUGCAACUAAAACUGUGGGCUGACACAGUAAAGAAGAAGUAUGAGGAAGUUUCAAGCAAUCCAAUAAGCAAUGAAAUCAACCACCAUGCAAUCCAAGACAAACUGAAAUCCACUCUGCGGGAGAAGUACCAAAACAUAUAUGAGGGGAACGCAGAUGAAGGGGACACUGUCUUCCUCAACAAAAUCUACACUGAACUGCGCCUGAUCGAAGGAGCCUGGGGAGGCUUCAGCACGGAGCAUGAGGUCAGACAGCAGAGGUUCCACCAUGCGACAACAGAGGAGACUAUAAUAAAAGCCAGCAACAUUUUCAAACCCAACUCCAAACAAGAGAAACGAAUAAGAACCGUGCUCACCCAGGGUAUCCCAGGAGUGGGCAAAACUGUCUGUGUGCAGAAGUUUACCCUGAGCUGGGCAGAAGGAGAGGAAAAUCAGGACAUCGCCUUCCUCUUUCCACUUCCUUUCCGGGAACUGAAUCCCAACAUUGGGGAAGUGGACUACAGUCUCAUGCAGCUACUCCACCAGUUCUUCCCUGACAUGAAAUCCCUUGAGACGCUGGGGAAUGAAUGCAGAGUCUUGUUCAUCUUUGACGGCCUCGACGAGACCCUCCUGCCUCUGAACUUCAAGCACAACAAGGUCCUGAGAGACGAGACGGAGCCAGCUUCCCUGGAUGUCUUGAUCACAAACCUCAUCACUGGGGAUCUGCUCGGGAACGCCCUCAUCUGGAUCACGUCCAGACCUGCCGCAGCCAGCCGCAUCCCUCGAAAACACAUCCACCAGUGGACCGAGGUCAAGGGCUUUGCUGACGAACAGAGGGAGGAGUACUUUAAGAGGCGUUUGAGUGAUGAAAACCUCGCCACCAGAAUCAUCAACCACGUGAAGUCAUCAAGGAGCCUCUACACCAUGUGUCAAAUACCGGUUUUCUGCUGGAUCACUGUCACUGUGAUGAAGAAAAUGCUGCGAGACAACUUGACAGGAGUUAUGCCCAAAACCCUGACCGAGAUGUAUGCAUAUCUCCUUCUGUGCCAGACAGACAGGAUGAUGGAAGGGCACUACCCAAUGGAAAGUGACAGCGUUGUUUUGAAGCUAGCAGAACUGGCGUACCGUCAACUGGAGAAGGGUAAACUGAUUUUCUACGCGGCCGACCUGAAAGAAUGUGGCAUGGAUGUCAAAGAGGCAACUAUUUACUCAGGGGUUUGCACAGAGCUUUUUGUGAUGGAGGGAAGAAGGAGGCGUGAAGUUUUUAGCUUCGUACAUUUGACCAUUCAGGAGUUUCUGGCAGCUGUGUACGCCCAUCACUCAUACGUGCAAAAAAGGGACAAUGUUGUUCUUGGGUACCUGAAAAGGAUGCAAACAAGAUGGCUCCCCAAGUCACUGUUCAAGUUUCACAAAACUGCCAUUGAAAAAGCCUUGGAGAGUAAGGAUGGCCACUGGGACCUGUUCCUUCGGUUUCUCCUGGGACUGUCGCUGGAGUCAAACCAGGAGCUCCUGGGUAGGAUAUUGAAUUUGGAGGCAGAAGGAGAGGAAGAUUUGCCAAGAACCGUACAGUUCAUCAAGGAGAAGAUCAGAGAGGAACCAGAGUCCAACCACAACCUGUUCCAUUGCCUGAGUGAGCUCAGAGAGGAGUCUUUGGUGCAGGAGAUCCAGAGCUUUGUGAGUUCCGGGACGCUCGCAGCCAAAAAACUGUCUCCAGUUCAGUGGUCUGCGCUCACAUUUGAACUGAUGACAUCAGACGCCACAGAAGAGGAGUUUGACUUGAAGAAGUACAUACGAUCAGAAGAAGGAGUAGCAAAGCUGCUGGAUGUCAUUACCUCCUCCACACGUGCUCUGCUGAAUCACUGCAAGCUCACUGAAAAGUGCUGCAAGGACUUGGCCUCCGCGUUGAACUCGACCUCCUCUCGUCUGACAGAGCUGGACCUGAGCGACAACAGCCUGAAGGAUUCAGGGGUGAAGCUGCUUUCUGUUGGAUCACGAAAUCCACUCUGUAAACUGAAGAUUUUAAGAUUACAAAAGUGUAAACUGGAAGGGGACUGCUGUGAAACACUGGCUGUUGCUCUCAGCACAGAGUCGACCAAACUCAGAGAACUGGACCUGAGUGCUAAUGAUUUCCAGAAAACAGGAGUAAAGGCUCUGUGUGUGGGACUACACAGCCAUCACUGCAAACUGGAAACACUGAGGUUGAAUCGGUGCAGGCUGAACCAGAGCUGCUGUGAAGAUCUGGCCUCAGUUUUAAAUUCAGGCUCAUCUCACCUGAAAAAUCUUGAGCUGAGUAACAACAGUCUGAAAGAUUCUGGUGUGUCUCAGCUCACUGCUGGACUGAGAAGUCCCCACUGUAGACUGGAGACACUCAGGCUCAGCUGGUGUGGCCUUACACAGAAAUGCUGUGAUCCCAUCGGCUCAGCUCUCAGUAGUGACUCUACCCGCCUCAGAGAACUGGACCUGGCUGGAAACAAGCUGCAGGGUCCAGACAUACAGCUGCUGUGUGCUGGACUGAGAAGUCCACACUGCAAACUGGAGACAUUAAGGGUAAACGAGGGCAAUUUCCAGAAAUGCUGCGCUGAGUUUGCCUCAGUCCUUAGCUGCAACACCUCUCACCUGAAAGAGCUCAAUCUGAGUGGGAACGACCUGCAGGACUCAGAGGUGAAGCUGCUCUCUGAGGGACUUGCAAGUCCACACUGUAAACUGGAGACAUUAGGUCUGUCCUUCUGCGGCGUCACUGUGGAAGGCUGCACUUAUUUGGCCUCAGCGCUGAGCUCCAACCCGUCCUGCCUGAGGCAGCUGGACCUCAGCUACAACUACCUGCAGGACUCUGGAGUGAAGCUGAUCUCUGUUCAUCUGGAUAACCCGCUGUGUAAACUAGAGACACUCAGUGUGGACCACAAUGCAGAGUGCUACUUGAAAUCAACACUGAAGAAAUAUGCUUGCACACUGACGUUUGACACAAACACAGUUGCCACGUCCCUCUUCCUGUACGACGGGGGGAAGCAGGUGACGUGGGUCAGAGAAAGACAGCAGUACCCGGACCAUCCCGAGAGGUUUGAGAGUGUCUCCCAGGUGCUCUGUCACCAAGGCCUCACCCAACGCCACUACUGGGAGGUGGAGUGGCGAGGGCGCUGGGUGGACGUCGGCGUGGCCAUGAGGGGAAUCCGUCGAAGGGCGAGCUCUCACCUCUGUGGGUUUGGCUCCACGGACCAGUCCUGGAGUCUGUACUGCUCUGAGGAUCACUACAUCGCUCAGCACGACCACCAGUCUGUGGAGAUACCAGCACCUCUAUCUGGCUCCCACAGGGUCGGAGUCUACCUGGACUGGCUGGGGGGCACCCUGUCCUUCUACAGCGUCUCCUCUGGGACCCUCAGUCACAUUCACACCUUCUACAGCACUUUCACUGAGCCCCUGCACGCUGGGUUUGCGAUGGAGGAGGAUGACUGCUCUGUACUUAUUUGUACAAUGGAGGACGUGUCAUGACUAAGUUCUCUCUCAGUUUAGAAAGACUGGAUGGAUUUUAGUUGCAGGUGAUAUGGGAAAUAAUUUAAAUUUGAAUGGAGGAAAUUGUGUUUUUCUGCUCACAGAGGGUGAAUGUGAUCGGAAUUUUAGUAAGGUUUUUAAAUAUUCAACCUGGAAGAUAAAUAUAUAUGGAUGGACACUGUAAAAAGGAUAUUGGGACUUUAGUAGAAUCUUCAAUUAAAAAAUGUCUUCCAAG